AAUACCACUCUCUCCUUGUUCUCCCAGCGUCCUUUGCGGCGGCGGCGGCGGCGGCUGUCUGUUGCUCGCCAUAUUGUGUAGCUGAGAGGGGAAGGGGGGCUGAAGCAGCCGCUGUCGACUCGCCUCAGCCCUGGCUGCGGGAAGAGGAGGCGGUGGUGCCGAGGGCGGCGGCGGCGGCGGCAACGGCAACAACAACGCGGGAGGUGACCACGACGGGCAAGAGAGCCGAGCGGGCGGGCGGGAGCGGACGAGCCUUCGAGAGGCAGCGAGCAACGGGGCCGCCAUGUCUCAAGCCGUGCAGACAAACGGAACACAGCCUUUGAGCAAAACAUGGGAGCUGAGCUUGUACGAACUUCAAAGAACACCUCAGGAAGCAAUAACAGAUGGCCUGGAGAUAGUGGUGUCACCCCGAAGCCUCCACAGUGAGCUAAUGUGUCCAAUUUGUCUGGAUAUGUUAAAAAACACCAUGACUACUAAGGAAUGUCUACAUCGUUUUUGUGCAGAUUGCAUCAUCACAGCCCUCAGAAGUGGAAACAAAGAAUGCCCAACUUGUCGUAAAAAGCUUGUUUCUAAAAGAUCCCUGAGGCCAGAUCCAAACUUCGAUGCCCUCAUCAGUAAAAUUUACCCAAGUCGUGAUGAAUAUGAGGCUCAUCAGGAGAGAGUUCUAGCAAGGAUCAGCAAGCACAAUAACCAACAAGCUCUGAGCCACAGCAUUGAAGAGGGCCUGAAAAUCCAGGCUCUGAACAGGUUACAAAGAGGCAAGAAACAACAGAUAGAGAACGGCAGUGGAGCAGAGGACAAUGGGGACAGCUCACACUGCAGUAACGCUUCAACUCACAGUAAUCAGGAAGCCGGGCCAAGUAACAAACGGACCAAAACAUCUGAUGAUUCUGGCCUAGAACUGGACAAUAACAAUACAACAGUUGCAAUAGACCCAGUCUUGGAUGGUGCAAGUGAAAUAGAGCUAGUUUUCAGACCCCAUCCUACGCUAAUGGAGAACGAUGACAGUGCACAGACAAGGUACAUAAAGACUUCAGGCAAUGCCACAGUUGAUCACUUAUCCAAGUACUUGGCUGUGAGACUGGCUUUGGAAGAACUCCGGAGCAAAGGAGAGUCAAAUCAGAUGAAUCUUGAAACAGCCAGUGAAAAGCAGUACACAAUUUAUAUUGCUACAGCAAAUGGCCAGUUUACUGUGCUGAAUGGGUCAUUUUCCUUGGAGCUGGUCAGUGAAAAGUAUUGGAAAGUGAAUAAACCCAUGGAACUUUACUAUGCACCAACAAAGGAACACAAAUAAGCCUGACAACAGUUUUGAGGUGGAACUCUAAUUUCUUUUUUAUAACUUUGGUUUACUUUAAAUAAGUGAAGCACCAUCCUCUGCAUCACGGACAUCUACUGAGGGACUGGAUUCCUUGAUUAAUAUCCAUAUUGAUCAUUAGGCAGUAUUUUGUGUGAUAUUUUAACUUGCAUUUUUCUCUCUGGAGGACUGGUCUGUACAUUCCAUUGUUGCUGUUGGUGUCCUUUUUUAUUUGGUGGCUCUUGUUCCCCGUGCAUGAUAAUAGAAGCAGCAAUGGUUUUUGGGGUGAUGUGUCUUCAAUCUGGCAUACAUGCUAGCACCAAAUUCUGACAAGGGCUAAGCAAAAAUAAUUAGAGCAUAAAGAACUCUCGCUGACAUCAGCAGUGUUAGAAUCCAUAUGAUUAGAGUAGAUUUCUUAAGUCACUGACUACUUGUGAUGCAAAAGAAAGUGGUGGUAGCAGGAACCAAAGGGGUUGUUCACAGCAGUAACUGAGCUUCUGGACAUUGCCUGGGCAAUAAGUCUUACGGCCCUGUAAGUCAAAAAGGUUGGUUCAUAUGUAACUAUGUCUCUGGUAUCAAACAGGUGACAGCCUUGGGAAUGUGUGCAAUUCCUUCUCUCAUUACGUUUUAGCAUAAUUUGGCUUCCCUUGGUUUAGAUGCUAAAACCACAAAAUCAUGAUUGAGAUAAUCCUAGGUAAUGGUUGACUGUAUAUGACAGUAGUAUCUUCUGUAUUGCUUAACAGCAAUUAAAGAAUGAGAGGGAAUUAAAUUUGGCAAAGUACUGCAUAUAUAUCUUUAGUACUGAUAAUUUGUUAGCCAUGGUUUAUGAAGAGCCAGUGUUACUACUGCUUUGGCCCAUUCAUAGGGAAAACAUUAGCACUGAUACACCUUGAAAAUAAUUAUUUCUGCUGAAGCCUUAGGCAGCUUCAGUAUCAAGUGACUAAUUUAAAUGAAUUCUGAGCAUAGUGUCCCUACCUACUUGCAUACUUUGAAGUCAUUAAUUCAGAGGUGGAGCCUAAUCUAUGCUAGAAGCCCCCAAUACCCUGAUCCAAAUCCCCUUCACUAUAAUCUUCCCUUACCUAGUGGAAAAUGAAUUUUAAAAAAAUCUGAUAGAAGUAAAAGGCACAAAAUAAAGUGCUCCUACCAAACUUUUGUACAGAAAAUACUGACAGAUUUUUUCCUCAAAUACUUUCCUAAUAUUUUUAGCCAUAUUAACAAUACUUGGCACUUAUGAUUAUAAUAAAUAAAACACAGGUGAUUUUUGGUUUUGCCUGGAUCAGAAGUCUGGUUAUAUGCUCAGUUACAACUGAUUGGGUAGGGUAAACCGAUUAUCUGAACCAUAUUUGUUCUCCUAAUGAGACUGACACAAGGCUGUAAGGCUGAAGAGACAGUUAAGUAUUUUUUUUCACCAUCCCCCCAAAACUGCAGUAUAUUGGCUGCUGUCAUGUUGUACUGGGAAGGGGAGCAGUAGAAAAGUUGGAGGGGUGUGGGUGAGCAUGUUCUUCAGUGAUUCUCACUUAAGACCUGAAAAAAUAUGCAGUCAGCUGUUGGUACACUUUUAAACAUUUGGAUAUUCAUUUAAAAAUCUGGCCAUUAACCUGAGUUUAGGAUGAAGCCCAUAGUUUCCCACUCUGGUAAUGUUGUACUCCUGUAAGAAAAAGAAAUUACAGUAUAGCCUUUUUGACCUCUCUAAUACCAAUCAUUCUAAAGGUCUGAUAGCAGUUUGUGCUAUGGAAUUCCUUAAUAACCAGAAAUCUAGGGGUGGGAAAGGAAGCUAUACCUUGCCAAUUUAGUUUUACUUAGUAGUUUUGAUGUAAUGUACAAUUUAUAUAGCUUACUAGUGCAUGUCCACAAAAUAUAAUCAGGUUUCUUUUCAUGUGAAAAAUGCUUUUGUAUGGGCAGAUACCAAUUGCAGUAGGAAAAAACCCUGCAUUGUGAUUUACCCAAGAUAGUGUUUAACCCUGUAAUCAGAUAAAAUGUUUGUAAAAUUCUGAAAGUUUAUCUACUUAGAGUGUGUGUUAUUCCCAACUUAUGUGUGGGAGAAUGUGAAUUUUUACUUUUGUGUUGCCAUGAAUUCAUCAAGUAUUUAUAUUACUUAAAUACAUAAAGUAGCUGUUUUACUCAA